AUGGUCGGGCCAGGAGAGAAAGGCCUCGCCAGCUCUAGAUGGGCGCCCAUCAACACUGGCCGCCCACCGUACUACUGGACCUCCAACAGGUUUAAGCAAUCAGCUCCUUCGUUAUCCUCCUCCUCGACGGCGACCACCAUACACACAACGACAAGCGCCGAACCACGUAUCCCCGCCGCACCGACAGUCACAGCCCCCACGACAACACCCAGCCCCUCCAACGGCUUCACCUACACCGGCAACCCCUACGAGGCCGACGCCUCCGCCCUGAACCGCAUCCCAACGCCAUGGUCCGAGCUAAGCCGGUUCAUGAAGAUCGCCCGCCGCAUGCGGUGGAAGCUCCCCUUCCUGGGGCAGGGCUACCGCGCCGCGACCGACCGCGCCCUCAACACCGACGAAGACCGCGCCGAGGCGGAGCUCCACUUCAAGCUGGACUUCUUCGAGUACUACAUGCUGCUGGAGCGCGCCCUGGUGCACCUGAUGGGCGUCUUCGGCGUCCGGGUGACGGGCGCGUUAGCCGGCGCAAGGGCGGGCGGUAGGGACGUCAAUGGGGCUGCCGGUCCCCAGCAGCAGCAACAGCAGGGCCCCCAGAGCGACCACCGCUUCCACGCCAACGUCCUCGACGCCCUCGACGACCCGCGCAACCCGCUGCACGGCGUCCUCGGCAGCGGCGACGCGCGCUACGCCCUCGCGCGCGCCAAGGAGCUGCGCAACCGCUGGAAGAACGCCGACGAGCCCGACGCCGUCGUCGCCGCCAGGCUGGCCAACGGCUCGCAGGCGGCAGGACAAAUGGCGCGCCCGCUCGAGGACUAUGAUCUGGAGCGGAUCCUCGAGAACAUCUUCGAUGGGCUCGAGGGCGCCUAUGUUAUUGCGGACCGGUACGUCGCCGGCGUGCGGGCGCUGGCUGCCGAGCGCGGGCUGGCGGCUUCGUUGGCGUCGUCUGUGUUGGCUGAUACUGGAGCGGAGGAGGCACAGUGGGAGUUCAUGGUGGAUGCCAUGGAUUGGGAGCUUGUAUGA